AUGCAAGGACUCAAGCAGCAGUUGGUGCAGCAAGUCCUGCAGCAAAUGCUGCAACAGCAGAUGUGGCGGCAGCAGCUGCUGUGGCAGAAGCAGCAAACGCUCAAAGCCACGCUGCAGGAAACGCUGCGGCAAGUUGUGGCAUUGGUGAUGUGGGGCUUCAGCAGCAAUAGCAGCAAUAGCGCUUUCACUCGCUGCAGCAAGCAGGUGGCAGAGGGAACUUUUUGCACAGUCAUUCUUGUAAAUUUUGGCAAUGAGAACUUGUUUGUUGAGUGGCGAGCAGCCCUGCCACCCGAGCAGCAAGAGCAGCAACAGCAACAGAAACAGCAGCCCGCUUUUCCUGGCAAUGUUGUUACCGGAUUUGUGGCUGCGAGCUAUGCAGCUUUUUUGCUGGCUCUGUCAAGUCUUACAGUGUCACAGCUGCAUUUCGUAAUGAAGCGGGUAGUGCUGCAGCAGCAGCAUCAGCGGCAGCAGGCAGAUCCGCGCUCCUUCAUUAGCAUGAAAGGCGAGACGACGUCAGAUGCAUCGGCGAAAGCAGUUUCAAGAUUAACAGCAAAUGCAGCUGCAGCAAGACCAGCGAUAGCAGCAAAAUGUACUGCCCGGGUCAGCAGCGUCGGCGUUGCAGUUAGGCAACCGCAGCAAGUACAGCAACAACAGAAAAACGAACAGCAGCAGCAUCAAGAGCCUCAUGCGCCUCUGGUAGAUGCACAUGUGCAUGGUUGUGUCGCCUUGAGUCGUCAUUUCGCAUGCGCUUCGCAGCAACCUCUACACGAGCAGCAUAAACAGAAGCAGCAGCAGCGACAGGGACGUACAGGCGGACAGCAGCCGGAGAGGUGUGCUGUGUCAGUUGUAUCUGGCUCGGGAUUGAAGUCAGCUCCUCGUAUUUUUGCUGCAGCUGCUCUUCUGCUGCCUCUCUUCUGCCUUCCUGCCACAACACCCGCAGAGGCAGCAGCAGUAAGCACUCUGGCAGAGCUGCCAUCUGCAAGACUCGUCUUGGCGAAGACAGCAGCAGGCGCUGCAGCAGCAGAAGGGGAAAGGUUCUGCCAAGCGUAUGGUGGGCUCGCUGCUGAGUCGCUAAUCUUCGCAGCAGCAACAAGAAGUACAAGGCCAUCAUCAGCAGCAGUAGUACUUAAUGCCGCCGCUGACUCUGGUGCUCGUGCUUUCACAGUUGCGAAGGGAGGGCAGAACAACUCUAGGGAACAUAGCCUGCUGCAAGCUCAGCAAAAACCACAGCAAGAUAGUGAAGAAGAACAGUCCGCGGCUUCCGCUGAUUCCGCUGCUACUGCUGGUGGGGAAGCUGCGUGCGAGCCUUGGCUUUCCAGCGGCGAGACCCCUGUGUGUCUGCUGCAGUUUCCUCUCAGCGCAGACAAUGCGGCAGCAGUGGCUCUCAUAGCUGUUCUCUGUGUUUUCGGCAUUAUUCACUUGAUGCGAAUAUCUGCUGGUUUUAUCAAAGGCUGUCAGUGCCGACUGUGCAAAGGAGACUACACUCUUGUUAGAAAGCUAGGUCGUGGAGGCUACGGGACUGUGUGGCUAGCCCGCCUGCGUCGCCGCGCUGCUGCAGAAAGCUCUGCGACCCCUUUUGUUGUGUUGAAAAAAAUUGCUGUGGCUGACAUAACAGCUGCCGACAGUUACCAGCAGGAAGCUCGAAGAUUGGCACAUCUGAUGCAUAAGUUUGUUCAGGCGCUGGUGGUCCCGCUGAGGGGCAGAGGGAUCUGCCGCUGCUUCUUCUUUGCCAUUGUUGCUGACAACAUGGCAGAUGACACUGUUGCCCCCCUAUUGUUGCGUAUUUUUUUUGUAGGGUCGUUCUUGCUUUUGAGGCUGUUGCUGCUGCUACAGGUGGGCUACGUUGGAGAGUUUAUACACCAGGAGCCUUCGUUCGGCCGUGUGGAACGUCAGACGUAUUUCAUGCUGUUGAUGGAGUUUUGCCCCCUCGGCGAUUUGAAGAGACUCAUAGAACGCCGGUACAGAGCCCUUACGGAGCGCAGAAUCCGCCGUUGGCUUUUCCAAUUAGUGCAGGCCGUCCAUUACCUACACGAAAGGAAUAUACUGCACAGAGACAUAAAAAGCCAAAAUGUGUUUUUGUCCGAAGACUCUCAUAUUCGUCUGGGGGAUUUCGGCCUCUGUCGCUUUGCUUCGCCCCCCAAAGUAAGCAUGCAGCAGCAUUCGGUCGUGAAGUUGAUUGACUCUAGCACGCUGACGCAGCAGGAGGAGUGGCAGCAGCUGCGGUUGCAGCAGUUGCAGAUGCAACGGAGCGCUGAUACGUCACCUGAGAGAAUAGAUGAGCAGCAGGGCCCGUCGCCGCUGGCUGCUGCUGACGCUGCUGACGCUACUUCACAGAAGCAGAGCACAGGAGGCGGCUUUGCUGAAACAGGACAGAACUCGCAGCUCCAGCAGCUGCAACUUCAUCAUCGCAAGGUGGUGGAAGCAAAAUCAGGGAGAGGAGGCACGCUGUGGCUCGCAUCUACACGGACUCUGAGCAAAGUGUGCAAUGUGCUUUUUUAUCCCGUUUCGCUUCUGCUGCAGCUUAUCCGAAGCAGCAGCAUAGGCCUCAACCUCAGCAGCAGGAGGCGCAGCGAACGCGGCAGGGGUGAAUGGUGCAGCAGAGAGUCCACUUGCAGCGACGGCAAGGGUAGCGUGUACACAUGCACCAGAAAUGCGGCAACAGGGGGAGGUGCAGAUACACCUGGCAAUAGUUCCUUGCUAUCGGUAGCUGGCACAGACUGCUACAUGGCCCCUGAGGUCAUUCUAGGAGCCAAAUACGGAAAGCCAGCCGACAUCUGGAGUUUAGGCUGUGUCAUGCUGGAGUUGUGCGGGGGUGUUUUCAUGUGGGAGCUCACAAGUCCGCCAUCUCAUUUGCUACUACAGGAUGAUAGCCCCCAGCAGCAAGAGCAACUCGAUUUGCUGCUAGAUUCUCUGCUGCCGAAGAGGGUCAUCGGGUGCGGCACCAAAAGUAUCAUCAAAAUGCUCCUACAAAAGGGUACAGCUGAUGAGCCUACCGUUGCUUUACUAGAUAGAUCUGUUAUUCGUGCGUUUUGUGCUUUUGAGGCUGCUGUAACGAAUGCUGGUGCACGUGGAAAUGCGGCUCAAAGGCCCACUGCUGCACAGUUGAUGAAGGAUAAAUAUUUUAGAAGGGAUUAUCGGUGCUGCAGCGAGCCGUUCGCGACGUCUCCGUCUCUCACGCUGCAGCAGCCUGAGCAGCCUGGGCAGUACCCCGAUGCGAACCUUUCUGCACCGGCGGCAGCUGGGGAGAAGCAAGUAGAGCUCGACCUGUCUACCGUGGAGGCUUCCAGCUGGGCCUCUGUUUAUUUGCGCAAGACAGGAGUGGCACUUUGUGGCGACAGAGAAUUGACAAAAAGUUGUCACUCGUCCCCUUCAUCAGCUCUUCCCUCUGUCCAUUUGCCAGCAGAAUCCACAGAAGACAGUCUGUCUGCUGCAGACUACACUUCUCCUUUUGCGGCUUCUGCGGCCGUGGCGCCUGCUCAUAUCACGGCUGCGAUGGCUGCAGCUGCGGAGGCGGAAGCAAUUCAUGGGGUGCAAGACAAACAAAAGAGUGAGCAACGAGUGCGGCAAAGGAGAAAGCACCACAGAACAACGGCGGCGGCAGCGGCGGUGGCAGCAGCAGCUGCAGCAGCAGUUGAAGAAACGGCAACGAGGCGUGCUGCAGCUGCAGCUGCCAAGGCAGCCGCAGCGACUGUUGCAUCCAUACCAACCAGGUUCAAGCUGUUGAAAAAUCGGCGAGCAACAGCAGAUUCAGCCGCGGAAAAGGCGGUGAAAGCCACAGCUAGAGCAGCGGCAAGGGCUGCUCCAGGCCUCUUGAACAGUGCAGACUCUCGCCCAAAGUGA